AUGGAUUCAGCCGACUCCGAUUCCGUGCCUGCUGCCCUGCAGGCACAAGGCAGACGACUUCAUCAGACGGAGGAACAAUUUAACGCGGUUCGCCUCGAGAUGCAAGGGAUGUCGGAACGCCAGGAGAAUGUUCUGACUGAUCGGUUCCAACAGCUCAUGGAUCGUCUUGACACCUUCACCGCUCCGAGUGCUGUUCUAGAGCCAGCUUCAGCCACAGCUCCAGCUCCAGUUUCACUUCCCACUAUUGCUCCGCCUGCUAUCCCAGAUUUUCUGGGGAUUCUGGAGACUGUCGGGCCUUUCUGGGCAGAGAAAUGGGCGACUGCCGAGUGGGCAAGAAACUCGCACGUCUGCUCCUCGGUUCAGCUGUUUACGAAUACACUGAGCAAGAUCUUCAACACCACUAACCCAGGUCGAGAGGCAGCGAGAGCACUGAUGGGAUUUCGCCAGGGCAAUCGGCGUGUCUCUGAUUAUGCCAUUGGAUUUCGCACAUUGGCGACCGAUAGUGGCUGGAAUGAGGAAUCCUUGUUUGACGCAUUCCUGUAUGGGUUAGCGGAGCCCAUAAAGGAUCAGUUAAUCAAUCGCGAAUUGCCAGAAGAUGUGGACUCUCUCAUAGCACUGGUCGUCAAGAUUGAUAAACGUCUCCAGGAUCGUGGGAAAUCCAGGCCUGACUAUUCUGCACCUUUCCAGAGGGGACAGUCGACUACCACUCAACAGUCCCGGCGAGCUCCGGCUCGGUUCACACCCGCGGCCGUCGCACCAGCGCCCUCUGUGGGUACGGAGGAGCCAAUGCAGCUGGGUCGAACCAAGCUCAGUCCAGAGGAGUGUCAACGUCGAGUCCGUGAGGGAAGAUGCAUCUAUUGUGGGCAGAUGGGCCACUACCUCUCAGGCUGUCCAGUGAAGGACCAGGCAACUGCAAGAUAUACACUGGUGAGCCACACUACUGUUUCUUCUGUUCGACCUCUCAUGCAAGCAGUGCUUAUCACACCAUCUCAGACUGUCAUUUAUCCUUUCUUAGUUGACUCCGGGGCUGACGAGAGCUUUAUGGACUGGAGCUGUCUGGAACUUCCUGUUUCUCGUUCUGCUGUCACCUCGCCUCACACAGCUUCUUUGGACUCCGAUUUCCCAGACCUCUCCAGAGUGCCUCCAUGGUACCUAGACCUCAAGGAAGUCUUCAACAAGACUCGGGCUACCUCUCUACCGCCUCAUUGACCUUAUGACUGUGCCAUUGACCUGCUACCAGGUAGUUCACCCCCUAGGGGGCGCCUCUAUUCUUUGUCUUCCCCGGAGGUAAGGACUAUGACCGAAUAUAUUGACUCUUCCCUGGCAGCGGGACUUAUUCGGCCGUCCUCCUCUCCUGCCGGAGCUGGGUUCUUCUUCGUUGCCAAGAAAGAUAAGACGCUCCGCCCCUGUAUUGAUUAUUGGGGAUUGAAUGAGAUAACCAUCAAGAAUCGGUAUCCUAUUCCCCUCAUCUCCUCUGCGUUUGAGCUACUAAAGAACACUAAGGUCUUCACCAAGCUGGACCUGAGGAACGCCUAUCACUUGGUGAGGAUAAGAGAAGGGGAUGAAUGGAAGACGGCCUUUAAUACCCCCAGUGGUCACUAUGAGUACCUUGUGAUGCCAUUCGGUUUAUCUAACGCGCCAGCGGUAUUUCAGGCGUUGGUUAACGACGUACUCCGCGACAUGUUGAAUAAAUAUGUCUUUGUUUAUUUGGAUGAUAUCCUCAUCUUCUCCCCAGAUGAGGACACUCAUGUCCAGCAUGUUCACCAGGUUCUCCAGCGUCUUCUCACCCACCAACUCUUUGUAAAGGCAGAGAAGUGUGAAUUUCAUGUGUCCUCCGUCGCUUUCCUAGGGUUCAUCGUCUCUCAAGACAACAUCCAGAUGGAUCCGGCAAAGGUUAGCGCUGUGACUGAGUGGUCUACUCCUACUUCUCGCAAACAUCUCCAACGCUUUCUGGGUUUUGCUAAUUUUUACAGACGUUUCAUUAGAAACUUCAGCACUAUUGCUUCCCCAUUGCAUAACCUGACCUCCUCCAACAUGAAGUUUCAGUGGUCACUACCGGCUGAGAGAGCUUUUCAAAAAUUGAAGGAGACAUUUACUACUUCCCCGGUCCUCACACUCCCGGACCCUAGUCUUCAGUUCAUGGUUGAGGUUGAUGCCUCUGACGUAGGAGUUGGGGCGAUCCUCUCUCAAAGAUCACAAGUGGACAAGAAACUCCAUCCCUGCGCCUUUCUCUCUCGGAAACUCUCUCCCGCUGAACGAAAUUAUGAUGUGGGGAAUAGGGAGUUGCUGGCUAUUAAAGUGGCCCUGGAGGAAUGGCGUCAUUGGUUGGAGGGAGCAGAGCAGCCGUUCUUGGUUUGGACUGAUCACAAAAACCUUGAGUACAUCCGGUACGCCAAACGACUCAAUUCCAGACAGGCCAGGUGGGCUUUGUUUUUUAAUCGAUUUAAUUUCUCCUUGUCAUAUCGCCCUGGUUCCAAGAAUGCUAAAGCAGAUGCACUGUCUCGUCUGUUUGACCCUGGUUCUGCCCCGAGGUUCCCCUCUAAUAUCUUGCCUCUAUCCUGUGUGGUAGGGGCCGUUACCUGGGGAAUUGAACAAAAGGUCAUCCAUUGGGCUCAUACCUCCCGGGUUUCUUGUCACCCUGGGAUACGGCGGACUCUCUUUGUGGUCAGACAACGCUUCUGGUGGCCAUCCAUGGAGGGAGAGAUGGUUCAUUUCAUUCCCAUGCCCAAGCUGCCUUCUGCCAAAGGAACUGCGGAGGCUGUCCUGUUGCAUGUUUUUCGCAUCCAUGGGUUUCCGAAGGAUGUGGUGUCAGACCGGGGUCCACAGUUUGUUUCCCAGUUCUGGAAGGCGUUCUGUUCCCUCCUCUGCGCCACAUGUGCCUAUGGCUACCAACCACCACUGUUCCCCGACCUAGAGAAGGAAGUCAACGUCCCCUCUGCCCAGAGGUUCAUCCAUCAGUGCCGUCGGGUCUGGAGUGGGGUCCAUGAGGUCCUCCUAAGAAGCUCAGUCCGUGCAAGAAGGAUGGCGGACCGACGACGGACUCCUGCACCCACGUACCAACCUGGCAAUAGAGUUUGGCUGUCCACCCGUGACAUUCCCCUACGUGUGGAGUCCCGCAAGUUGGCCCCCCGGUUUAUUGGUCCGUUCCCCAUCUCCAGGAUCAUCAACCCCGCUGCAGUGCGACUCAAGCUUCCCAGGUCAAUGAGGGUGCAUCCCACCUUCCACGUGUCCCGGAUCAAGCCUGCAUUGGAGAGCCCAUUGGUCCCUCCCACCAAGCCCCCUCCUCCUCCCAGGAUCGUCCAUGGAGGUCCGGUGUACACGGUCAAACGCCUCUUGGCAGUUCGCCACCGCGGUCGCGGUCGCCAAUACUUGGUAGACUGGGAGGGGUACGGUCCUGAGGAGAGGGCGUGGGUCUCAACGAAGAACAUUGUUGACCCGGCCCUCAUUCAAGACUUUAACCGCCUUCAUCCUGACCAGCCUGGGACGUCCGGUGCCGUCCCUAAGGGGUUCGUCUUUGUUUCCCCGUGUCUCAAGCGUCCCAGCGAUUUCCAUGAUAAUUAA